UCACAGCGGCCUUUUACCACGUGAUCAGCCAUCGUGAGGAAAGUGCUGCCAAGAACCAGUAGUUGUCAGAGCAGGGAUCGGCACCGAUCAUCAGGGUACAUGAAUGGUGCCCAGCAGUGCAACCCUCCAGUUCUGCCCACCUGUGCCCAGCAGUGCCACCCAGCAGUGCCACCAGUCAGUGCCACCCGGCAGUGCCAGCAGCCAGUGCCCAGCAGUGUUGCCAGUCAGUGCCGCCAGUCAGUGCCACCUAUCAGUACCCAUCAUCAGUGCCGCCUAUCAGUGCCACCUAUCAGUGCCGUCUUUCAGUGCCGCCUAUCCGUG